GGGACUGGUCCAGGCCCAAUUUCUCGCCUCUCCGUAGAUUCUUCUAGACUUUAGUCAACACAAAACGAAAAACAAAACCCCUCAAAAACCCUACACAACUACCAGCAAGAGCUUCAGCUCAGCCAUUUUCCGCGAGCUCUCAUUGGGGAAUUUUGUCCAAGUGUUCUUCACGUUAUAGGAUCAUCAUUAUCAUCAUCAUGUACCGAAUUGCUUCCAGACUUGCUUCUUUAGCGCGCUCAAGUGCUUCGAAGAAAGUGGUGUAUAGUAGGGUUAUCAGUAACAGAAGUUAUGUGGCAAAGGAUAUCAAUUUCGGGGUUGGGGCUCGUGCAGCAAUGCUGCAGGGUGUUAUUGAGGUGGCAGAUGCUGUAAAAGUCACAAUGGGACCAAGGGGGCGGAAUGUUAUAAUCGAGAAAAGCAACGGGAGCCCCAAGGUAACCAAGGACGGUGUUACUGUUGCUAAAAGCAUCCAAUUCAAGGACAGAAGCAAAAAUGUUGGUGCUGAUCUUGUGAAGCAGGUUGCCAAUGCUACUAAUACUGCUGCAGGGGAUGGUACAACUUGUGCUACUGUGCUGACUCAGGCAAUACUAACUGAGGGGUGCAAGUCUGUAGCUGCUGGUGUAAAUGUGAUGGAUGUGCGGAAUGGUAUUAAUAUGGCUGUUGAUGCUGUUGUUUCUGAUUUGAAGAAGGGAGCAGUAAUGAUAAGCACACCGGAAGAAAUUACACAGGUGGGCACGAUUUCUGCAAAUGGUGAGCGGGAGAUUGGAGAACUUAUAGCAAGAGCAAUGGAGAAAGUUGGGAAGGAAGGAGUAAUCACUGUUGCUGAUGGAAAUACUUUGGAUAACGAGUUGGAAGUAGUGGAAGGAUUAAAGUUAGCUCGAGGCUACAUUUCCCCAUACUUUAUUACUGAUCAGAAGACCCAAAAAUGUGAACUCGAGAAUCCUAUGAUUCUCAUUCAUGAAAAGAAAAUUUCAGAUGUGGCAUCCCUUGUGAAAAUAUUGGAGUUUACCGUCAAUAAAAAUAGGCCGCUCCUGGUGGUGGCAGAAGAUGUGGAGAGUGAAGCUUUGGCUAUGCUUAUACUGAACAAGCAUCAUGCUGGAGUGAAGGUUUGUGCUAUCAAGGCUCCCGGCUUUGGGGAGAAUAGACGAGCAAGUUUGGACGAUCUUGCUGUUUUCACUGGUGGAGAGGUUCUCAGUGAAGAUCGUGGGUUAACUCUUGACAAGUUUCAGCCUGAAAUGUUUGGAUCUGCUAAAAAGAUCACUGUUUCUCUGGAUGACUCGAUAAUCAUGCAUGGUGGUGGAGAUAAGAAGGAGAUUGAAGAAAGAUGUGACCAGCUUAGGACGUCCAUAGAGAAGAGCACCUCAAUGUUUGACAAGGAAAAAGCACAAGAGAGAUUGUCAAAGCUGUCUGGUGGUGUUGCUGUCUUCAAGGUUGGCGGCAUUAGUGAAGUAGAAGUUGGAGAGAAAAAAGACAGAGUAACAGAUGCCUUGAAUGCAACCAAAGCGGCAGUUGAAGAGGGUAUUGUUCCAGGAGGUGGCGUUGCUCUUCUGUAUGCUUCAAAGGGUUUGGACAACCUUAAAGCUGAAAAUGAGGACCAGAAAAGGGGCAUUGAAAUAAUCCAGAAUGCUCUCAAGGCACCUGCACAUACAAUAGUAUCAAAUGCUGGCUUUGAUGCUGCAGUAGUUCUUGGCAAAUUGUUGGAUCAAGAGAAUCAUAACCUGGGUUUUGAUGCUGCCAAAGGUGAAUAUGUGGACAUGGUGAAAGAAGGAAUUAUAGAUCCACUGAAGGUCAUUAGGACAGCCUUAGUAGAUGCUGCCAGUGUCUCGUUGCUGUUGACGACCACAGAGGCUUCUGUGACGGAGAAUCCAAACGAGAAGAAACCUCCCAGUCGGAUGCCAAAUAUGGGUGAUAUGUACUAGAUAUCAUAUUGCACAGAUGCGGCUAGUAUAUUCUCUUAGUGAUAGGUUGUUUCAGCGGUCCUUGUUGGUCGAAAAUUUUGAAGUAGUCUUGUAGAACUACCGAAGGCAGAUUCGUAAACAGGCAAAAACUUGGACCUUGGAACUGUGGUGGAGGGAAAUAUGCGCCAGGGUGGGCUUAGUGAUUACAAUUCACUUUGUGGAGACUUGGUGUCAAAGCAAUGAACUUGGUAAAAAAUUGUUGAUUAAGUUCUGGCAGUAGCAUUUUGAGGGCAAGUCUUACCAUCAUACAUCAAAACCGAAAAAAAACAAAUCCAACUAGAGAUCCAAGUUGCAAUUGCGUGUCCUAUAAUCCUAUUAUAUAUGUUUGCUUAGGUUGACCUUCAUUAUUCAGCCAUUUCCUUGCGUUUGGAUUGUCGUUUAAGAAAGCUUGCUGAAAAUAAUGCAACAACUAAUAAGCUUGUUUUUCUGUUCCCAACUUGCUAGCUAGUUGACAUUGGAGCAUGAGUUGUUGCUCCUUUAAUUUGCCUGCUGAUUAUAAGUUGACUUUUGAUUCAAUAAGCGAAAUCUGGCUACCGUGCUAUUAUUCUCAUCAGGGAGAGGCCUUUAACUUGGUUGGCGUACCUUCCAUUAAAGGGGCAACUCACAAAUUGUUGUAUUUGUGGGUGACCUCAUGGACAGGGAUAGCAAAAAUAUUCGUAACCGUGGAUAUCCACCCGAAUCCGUCCUAAUCGGGUAGGGUAAAACCCGAACCCGAAGCAUUUUUCGUGAGGACGGGUAAAACCCGAACCCGAAUGUUGCGGGUAAUGGGUGGGCAUGGUUAUCUCACUAUCCAACCCGAACCCGCCCGAUUACACACAUACAUAUGUAUUUUGUCUAGAAAUAAUCAUUAUUUUUCUCUAGAAUAUUUUAUAUUUAGCAUAUAAAUAUAAUAUUUUCAUGAAAUUAUGUUGUUUUAAUUAAUUUUCGUCAUUCUAGUGAAUUAUUGUCGUACUUUUCCUCUUACGUAAUGUGAGUAUACGUGUGAAUGUUAAUAUAUUGGUUGGAAUUAUAUGGAUAAAUUAUUACCCAUGGAUAACCGUGGAUACCCGAAACCCGAACGGGUAUGGGCAUGGUUUUGAUUUUCUACCCGUUUCUCGUAUGGGUACAGGUAUGGGUAAAACCCGAACUACAUUGGGUAGGGUAACGGAUAUGCACUAUCCGCCCCCGACCCGACCCAUUGCCAUCCCUACUCAUGGACAACUCGAUGAAUGUGAUUGUUUAUGUUAGGUGUCCUGCACCAUAGUGUCUUUAUUUUGGUACACUUUUUAGUAUUGUACUAUGCAACAUUGCAAAUAAUCUUGUUCAACUAUGGAACUUAACAUGCAAGCCCCUCAAGGCCUCAACUAUACCAAUGUUCUCCCUUAACCCGUUUGGUCUGGCGAAACAGGGAUUGGUCCAGUGGUUACACCAUUGGUUUUGAAACUGGAAUCUUCAGAUUCAAAUCUUAAGUAACACCUAACUUUAAAAAUGAAAAUCGAUAUCGUCCGUAUAUGCCAUUUUGUCUAGAAAUCGGCAAAGAUAAAACAAAUUGUGAGGUUUCAUUUUACAAAAUCCAUGAAACGAGUAAACAAUGGCCUGAGUUCAGGUCCUUAAACCUCUUUUUUAAGGAUGAUCUUAAAGCGUUGUGAUUGGCUGAUUCAAUUUUUGGUAGUUAAUGAGGAGUUAUUAGUUAAUUAGUUGUUAGGGGUAUUUAGGAAAUUAUAAUUAAAUUAAAAACGUUCG